UACAAGAGAGAUUAGACGGACAAAACGCUGAACAAUUGUAAAGUCACUGCGGUUGCCAACCAAUUUUGUCUUUGCUCUGUGAAGUCGCUUUUCUUUUCAAGGGACGGGUACUCAGUGUUGGUGGAGAAUAAGAACGCAGUUAACCGGAUCUCCGACAGAUUACUUUGAUCAUCAGAAUUAAUUGCAGGUGUGAAUUCAUGUCUGUGUAUUCUCCCCAAAUAUACUGCCCAGUGUUUGUGCCCAGGAGAGACAUGACUGAGGUAAUGAUCACCAGCACCCCCAUGGAGGACAUGAGGCUCAGCCCCAGCAAGGAUCGUCUCACCUUCCAGAUAUUCCCAGAUCCUUCUGACUUUGAGCGCUGCUGUAAGCUGAAGGACCGUCUGCCGUCCAUUGUGGUGGAGCCCACGGAGGGCGAGGUGGAGAGCGGGGAGCUGCGGUGGCCUCCAGAGGAGUUCCUCGUCAGCGAUGGAGAGGAAGAGGAAAGCAACGGCGCAAAUCCAAAUGUACAGCCAGUGCAGAAUACUCAGCAUUAGAAGCCCAGCAGCAACUUCCUUCCUCCACUCUUCAUCUGCCCCAUCACACACACUUACACACAUUAUAUAUAUAUAUAUAUAUACACAUACAUAUACACAUACAUACAUACAUACAUACAUACACACACACCAAGGCUGUACAUCACUUCCCUACGAAACUGACUGCUCACUCCACACUCUUAUUGACUUUGACACCAAAGCAUAAUUUACUCAAACAUCUAACCAAUUCACACAUGCAUUCACACUCCACACCUGCAAACAGGAUUGUGAGACCACAACCCUAAUAAGUUCCUUGAGAACCACAUGCAUCCAUCUACACUUUGGUAUGAAGAUGCACACGCUUAAAUCCAGCAUUGUCCACUGAUUGAACACCCCCUUUUUGUUUUACAAUGGAGGUGCAAUCUGACUGAUGGCUGAUGGCCACAUGGACAACUCUCUAUGGCUGGUGCCAUAACCCCAGAUACUUCUUGUAUACCCAUAUGUGACUGCUGUAAUGUUGCCCACACAUGCAUUUGUUGUCCAUACCUGUGUAGUACGUUCAUUUGAAUGUCAUAUGUAUGACUGAUUGCUGUCAAUGCAACCCUGUCUGUCUACAGAAGUCAGUGUUUGUGUGCAUGUCAAGGGUUUCUUUUCUUUUAUUUUCAUUAUGGUGCAUUGUGAUGAGUAUAGUUUGAAGGGUUUCAGUGAAAUGACAGAGGCAGUUGGUCGGGCAAGACAGACAGGAAGGAAGAAAGAAUGCCUUGUGGACAGGAGUAACUGCUUUAACAUGAGGGGUGGAGUAUAGGGUAGAGUAUUGGAAAAUAAACAACUUUGAUGUGGUGUUAAUUCCUAACAGCGAUGGUGGCUGUGACGAAUUGGCGUCCAAGCUGGUUCUGCACUGAAGCACUUGUGUGCUCUUUUUUUUUUCUCCCCCUUCUCUCAUCCUUUUUACACUCACAGCCUUAGCAAGGACAGAACAAGUACAGCUACUUCAGAUGACAAUGACUGGAUAGAGAGGAGGACUGGGUCGGUGAUGACCAAAAUAAUUGAUGUAGACCUGAUGGAAGGCUGUGUAAUAUCCAUGUUUUACCUCAGAGACCAAUACCUGAGGCCUUGUAGUCUAUCGUCACAUCUGAACUCCCAAUUUUUCACUGGCGGUAGUCUUCCUAAUUUUGAAAUCAGAUGGUGUGUCAAUUACGUGUUUAAGUUGUAUGACAACACUUCAGGAUCAAUGAGCUAGACAGCUAACGCUUUGUAGCUAACAGUCAUCUAUCUUCUGAUAUUAAAGAAUGCCCCUGUAACGUUUGUCUUGCUUAUAACCCCAGGGAGUUGGUUGCCUGGCUUACUGAUCCUGCUUUAAGAGAUGCCAUUGGGUUUCUAUUGUAUGCAAUUUUGAGGAAAGUGUUUGUUCAUAUUUUUCAACAUACCCAACAUGUCUUUUUAUGGAAGUUGUAAAUUGUCACAGGAGUGUUCCUUAUUGAUGGGGUAGUCAGUUUUACAUUUGUAAAAUUAUUUUUGUUCUAUUUACUGUAUAUAAACUUGACAGUAGUGUUUCUUUGUAUUGUAGUGUUUUGGAUGGCAUUAGGGCUCUGUACAGAACAUCUCUCUGCUGUCCCUCACUGAUCCUGUGUUGUUUUUGUAAAGCUCAGGGAGAAAAGCCGCCGUUAUCACUCAUUUUGUUUUGUAUUUACAUCACCUUCUCUGUGAAACGUGCAGAGCUUGUAAAUAAACAUUUGAAUUUGC